AUGCGAGAGCCCUUCUGCAGCCCGUCCAUCACAACCAAGGUCGAGGCAAGUUCGCUGACGUCGCCUCAAACGACCACUGGCUGCCACCGCACCGACCCGGAAACGAUGCUCGUCCCUGGCCACCACGCCCGAGAGCUCGUUGUCUUGGGCACCGAGCGCCUUUGCACCGGCUGCAAGAAGCAACUGGCGGCCCGGAGCACCAGCCUCCGCGCCGAGCACGCAGUCACCAUCGCCGCUGCGACAACGACGCUGCAGCAAGCCCACGAGAAGGCCUUGACAGCCAACACGGCCACGCUGCGCUUAGAGCACUACAUCAAAGAACAGGCGCUGACCACGGAGCUCAUGACGCUACGGGCCAAGCACGAGGCUAGCCUCCAACACGCUCGCGUUUUGCACACUCGAUCGGAGGGUCUUCGCCGCGAUCUCUACACGCUCGCAAAGUUCAACGACCGUCUGCAGACCACGAUCGCUGCGUUGACCGCCGAAGCUGCCACGAUACAAACGGGCGCCAAUGCAGCGCGUGCCACCGCGUAUUAUCAGCUUGUCAUGGUCGAGGUGGCUGCUUCCCGCUCCAAGCGCAUUCGCAAAGUGACGGCCAAGAUCACGGACGAGACCAUUCGCCGCCUUCAAGCCGACGGCCGCGAAGACGCUCAAAACCCUGAUGAUGAUGACACAGGUCAGCAGAAGAACGGCCGCCACCUCGCUCUGAACCAACUCCAAACCACCUAA